UCAGGGUAGCGAAGAUCCAAUGAGUUUGCUAGGGUCCAACCAUCCAGGUAUGAUUCUAGUUUCGGCACCUCUGAUAGGGAGUAAUUUUCGAUCUUGGUGUCGUGCUAUGAAAAUAGCAUUGGGAGCCAAACAGAAGUUAGGGUUUGUGGAUGGUUCUAUUCUGGAACCAGAAGAGGGAUCUGAGGGUUAUGAGAAGUGGAAACGAUGUGACUACAUGGUUACAUCCUGGAUCUUGAACUCUAUGUCUAAGGAGUUGGUAGAGGCAUUCAUAUACACUGCUUCAGCUAGGGAAUUGUGGAAUGAAAUAGCUGAGAGGUAUGGAGAGAAUAAUGGACCUUUGAUUUACCAGAUUCAAAGGAAAAUAAGUUCAAUUAGUCAAGGAAAUGGAUCAGUGGCUGAAUAUUUUACAAGAUUAAAAAAGCUUUGGGAUGAGCUUGCGUCGAUUGAGUGCUUGACUGCAUGUAGUUGUGGUGCUGCAAAAGAACUUGCGGAUAUAACUGAUAGGAACAAAUUGAUGCAGUUUCUCAUGGGACUUGAUGAGAGUUUUGAACAGGCAAGGAAUCAGAUUUUGUUGACAGAUCCUCUUCCAUCAAUAAACAAGGCUUACUCGACGGUUAUAAAGUUUGAAGCUCACAAACAAAUUGCAUCUAAUUUUUCUGAAUUAACUGGUGAGGUGGCUUUGUUUUCUAAGGGGCAAGGUAUUAAGAAAGAACAGAAGAAAUAUGAUCCUAAGAAGGGACAUUGCAAUUACUGCAAUAUGGAUGGGCAUAUAAGGGAGAAUUGUUUCAAAUUGGUUGGAUAUCCAGAUUGGUGGAAGUCUAGGAAUAAGAAUCAACCUAGACAAUAUAAAUCUACUGCAGCACAAGUAGAUAGGGCAGAUCAGUUGUUUACAAAUAUGAAUGCAGUGGAUACGCCACUAGAGGCUUGUGAAGAUAAUCACAGUAUUGAAGAUCUAAGUGUGAGAUUGGGGUCAAUUCAACAAGAAUUACAAAGGUUGAUAAAGGGAAAGGCAUCUGUGGCAGCUAAUGUGAUGGGACCUGUCAAUCAGAAUUAUUCAGGCAACACUACUCUUCAUAGUAUCACAUCUUUUGCUGGACCUUCAGACUGAGAAAGUGAUAGCGGUGGCACAUGAAGUUGCAGGGCUCUAUAAGCUAGAUAAAUCUGGUUUUUUGGCUUCUAGUAUAAAUGAUUGUUUGUUGAGUCUGCAAAACAAUUUCUUGAUUUCUUCACCUGUAAAUACCAUGAUCUCUAAUUCAAGAAUCAAUAAAGAGAAUUACAUUUGUUCUA